AUGGAUCACCAGCCACGGCACAUUCAUAACCUCGCUGACGAGCUCCUGAGCGAGAUCCUGUCGUUCCUGCUCGGUCCCGAAUCAAAGGCUGCGAAUGGCAGCAAACCCCAUUCCAAUAGUUCUCCCGCCAUGGAGCCCGGCGAGACCUCCGACCUCGAUCGGUUUCGACUCGUAUGCAAGCGCUUCAUGCGGAUUGGAUCCCCGCGCAAAUUCUCUCGAUUUGUGCUGCGAUUCUCCCGAGAUGGCUUUCAGCGGCUGGAAGAUCUGCUGGACAUGCAGCUGGCCUGCUAUGUGAAAACAGUCACGUACAUGGUGCGACCCUUUUAUCAAGGAAGCGGAUGGGCACGCGUGCUGCAAGCACUAAGCGCAGACAUGGCGCCGCUCUCGCAAAUACACUCUCGGCGACUGCGGGACCAGAACGACCUCAUCGAGUCCGGGUACGAUCUAUGGGGGCUCCGGCGGGCACUCCCGGCCUUUGUAUCGCUACAAGAAAUAAAACUGCUUCGUCUACAAGAUGCGGCCGAUGAUCGUCUAAUCGAUGUCCUCCGCGACCACAACUUCCGAAGAAGCGUGCAGUUCGACUGGGAGCCCGCAUGCUCGCGCGCAGUAACAAAUCUCGGGAUCGCCCUCCUCGACUCCAAAUGCAACGCCAUCCGCUUCAUAGGACCCCAAAUCAGCCCCGAGGCAACGCUCCGGCUCCUGCGCGCGCCGUCGACCACUCUUACCGCGUUAGGCGGCCGUCUCACCAGUCUCGACAUCAACUUCCACGCAACGACCGACAUAACCACCACAAUGGCCGACCUGUCAGGCGUCUUCCACCGGUUCUUCGGUGCAGCUAAGAACCUCAUCGCCAUCCACCUGGGAUUCCCCAACAAAACACCUCUUGACCUGGACCUAGAAGCGCUGUUCCACCAUAUCCGCUGGAAGACACUCCGCACGCUCAGCCUGCAAGGCUGGCGCCUCGAUUCCGACGAGAUCAUAGCCCUAGCGCGCCGCCAUAGACAUCAGCUGCGCUCUUUCCGCCUUGCAGGAAUUUACCUUCGUCCGGGCGGUCGCUGGCGCGAUGUCCUCUCUAUGCUCCGCACAGAAAUGGAGCAACUAGACCGCUUGGACCUCCGAGAUAUCGACUAUACCUCCCAUUUCGAUGCUCUCGCCACAGCAUCCGGAGUAGAGGUCUUCGACGAUCCAGAAACAGGCACAGAUGGAGGUAUCCGACCCGCCCUCCCUGAGCUACUACCACCUCUCUCGUCCCUGACUCUAGCGGCGCGCGCCUCGCCGCACUCGACAGAGUUCCUCCCAGAUCGGGACCUGGCCCCAACACCUACCACUACCACACUGUACGCACAGCAUCGUCGAACAUCCUCGACAGAGAUCCUGUCUCUUGAGAAACUGCGCGCUAUGUCGGCUGAUGACGUCGGCGAUGACGGCUCUCAUGUCCGGCGCGAUCAGCUGGCUCUCUGGGAGGCGUGGGUGCUUUCUACUUCGCAGCACGUUAGCGUUCUGCAUAAUGGGCAUCGGUCGUGA